GGGAGGAACCAUUCCCCUCUCCACCCGACGCACAGCAGACACAUCCCUCUGCUCUGCACAACCCUCAGAUAUGCACAGCACAACAUCAGGAACUAAAAACAGGAUUCCCUGGGACCUUAGAAAGAGCACAUCUCAGUGAUGGCCUCUCCUGUGCAGCUGUUCAUGAGCUUGCUUCAUCUGGUCUAAGAGCGGAAUUCAUCUGACACUCACAUCCACACGCCACUAAAAGCAACAACACACCGCUUAGCCAUGUACAGCGUGGAAGACCUUCUCAUUUCUCACGGAUACAAAGUCCCACAAAGGAACAGCAACAAUGUCCCCGUUUCACACUCGUCGUCCCCCCACCCCGCAACCUAUGAAAAAUGUCUGCCAACACGAAGCGACAGCCGGUGUGAAAUCGAAGAGAAGCGGAAAGGACACAGCGCGGUAAACGGCUAUGAGGGGGACCAUGUUUACAGCGGUGGAGGAAUCAGACAGACUCCUGCCAGGGGAUUCCCCAGUGACACCGAAAACAGGGUCAGAAAGCAAAGAACGCAAGACGUGGACAACGGUAACCUCCGAGAUGGACGUCUGCCUGAAGAUAGUCUGACCACAGACAGCGGGUUUUACGAAAGCCACAGAGGAAUACAUUCCCAGCCUAGAUCUGAGCAAGAUGUGUCCUACUGGCGAAGAAGAGGUCAGGACUUCAGUGUGCUUCUGGAUUAUGCCGACUACAGGGACCCACGUGGAAGUUCAGGAGGGGUUCCCAACAAGCCAGAGGGCAUGCAGCGGAGACCAGAAUCGGCCUUAAGCACAGAAGAGCAUAACCGUGUGAGACAGCGCAGGGCAGAAAGCACACGUGCCAGGGAGAGAGAGAUGGCCCUGCACCAGUGGAGAAUUGCAGCUGAAAGGAAAUACCAGAGUUUGGGAACGGAAGAAUGGCGUCCAAUGACCAGCAUGAGUCGUCAGCCAUCCGAAAAUGAGGUGGCACAGGAGCAACGCAGGCCACGGACAGCAGAAGGAGCUGUUCCACCCAGAACCAAAAGCAAGUCUCAGUCACUGCCCAGAAUGGCUCUUCAAUCAGAAAACCUACAGUACUUUAGCAUACCAACCUCCGGGCAGGAUUCAUAUGGAAGCUAUAGGUUAAAUGGCCAUCAUACACGAGAACCUCAUGGAAGACAUCUUAGUGAUGCAGAGAGAAGGGAGAGGUAUACAGACCGGUCAGGUGCACAGUCCGCACCACCACUGAAACCCCGAUUCAGUCGACCUCUUAGACCUCCAUCUUAUGAGGUGCACCAGCAGAUGCGUGGGAGCGCCGAGAUUCUUACAGGGGAUAUCCCCCCUCGUGCCAGAGACAGGACUCCACUGCCUUUCUCGAGGCAAGAAUACUUUGUACAAGAACUUGGAGGCUCUGGCUCAGAGCCCCCUGGUUAUAUCCCUCCGCCAUCCUACAGGAGGCAGCCUGUGGUUAAAGCAGGGCACAGAACUUAUCCCAUCUCAAUGGGUAACCACCAGUACAGAGGUGACCCUUAUAUGCAGGGAUCUGCCAUGACAGAAGUGCAGGAAUGGUUUAUCAGGCAGACUGGAUUGGCUUGGCCAGAUCAUUACAGAGAUGGAAGAAGUAUGCCCUGCAGGAGACAGGGAUAUCCCGGCUACGGCGAAGAACGGAUGGGUAAUGUUCAAUACAUUCCCUUUGAUGACCCUCGCGUCAGGCACAUUUCAGGAACAGGGAUAGAUGGCAACUCUUUGACAGACGCAGACAAAAUCAGAAACAUCAGAAACGAGAUUCCAGUCAACCACAUAACUGAGAAGAGCACUGAAAGUGCAUUUCCACUCAAAGAGAAACCAUUGGACCACACUGAACCAAGUCAGAGCAAUAUAAGGGUCCCUUCUGUUAAUGAGAACAGUAUGCAAAGGGAAGUCUUGAAAGAGACAGAAAGAUCAAACACAGUAUCAGAUCCAAACUGCAAUAGGGAUCCAGCUGACCAUGGCAAUACAAUUGCUCUUCAUAUGACAUCAAAUCAAAGUUACAUUGAGACGGUAACACAAGUAAAGAAAAUUGAGCCGAAAACUGUUGGUGAGAAUAAGAAAAACUCGAAAAAGAGGCUCAAAGAGACAAUGUUUUGCCUGGUUUCUGUCCCUAUAAAUAUGCAAGCAAACAAAGUUGUCUCUGACCCAAAUAACAAUGAAAAAGUGGCAAACUCUAUAGAGAACACAGCAAUACAACCUGACAACCAAAACCUUUCAAUAACUCCAGUUAUCAAAGACUUGCAAUUACAAUCCAGCAGCUCACUAUCUAUUAAAACCUCUAAAAAUUCCCCAUUGAGGAAAGAGGUUGUAGAUGUUAGGUCUUUUAAUGCAAGCCAAGACGAUGAAUUGUUUUAUGCAGGAUCCUGGCCUGGUGAUCAGUACAGGAACCAGGAAACUCAGACAGGUUCUCCCGAAGUUUCACGAAACACCCAUUCUCAAGGAGCUCCUGUCCAGAUGUCAAAUGACUUACCCUCCCUUCACGCUACCACAAAUAAUGAGGAUGGAGCUAACUGUAGUGCCAACUACGGAUAUCCCAUGAUUGGUCAAAAAGAUCUCAACCCUUCCAGCAACAGUGCAUUUUCCAGAACUCGUGCUGGCAGCAAUUCAAGUAUAAAGAGCCCCACUUUAUCCCAGUCAUCACCAACACCACCAUCGCCAGACCGUCAGCUUUUGCUAAGAAAGACUGCACAGAAAGAUCAAACAGCAGAUGGCCAAGAAGUUUUUGGACAGUUCCUUUUAAAGCCAGUGAAUAGAAGAAGAUGGGAUGCCAUUGGGGAGCUGGAGUCUUUUAAUAAAGAGAUACAAGAUCAGACAGGCAAGUGUCCAAGUGUUGACCAAAAUAUACAGGAGCUGGAUGACGCAUUAAACAAUAUCCUGGAACUAAGCAGUGCUAGCUCAGAGGUCAACAAUAGAGGAGAGAAAACAGACCCACUUAGGUUAACGGAGGAAACUGACCAGGCGUCACAUGUAGUGCAGGUCACAGAGAAGCAUUUGAAAAGAAAUAACUUAAAUGUAAUGUCAGAUUCAGGAAGUAGAGGCAGAAUAGCAGGACACCCAGAAUACUCCUCCAGGGCGAAGAUAAACUUGGAAACCCAAACCCAAGAAAUACACGAGGCCAAAGGCAACAUUUAUGUAAACUUUGAGGUUCUCCAAAAGGAGCAUAUGAAUCCAGGAAUGCAUAGGCAGGAUAUCACAGUGCCGAAAGAGUGCUUGCUUAAGGAUGUUGGCUUAACAGUGUACACCGCCAUUCCAGACACGGUGACGUCAGGAUCACCCACAUACAUGAGUCCUGAGUCUCCUAUGUUAACCAGCCCUUCAGAUAAUUCGGAGGUCUGUGAGACCUUACAUAUUACAUCAUCAGACAGUAGCGGAGAUCUAAGCACGCACAGCCCUGAGUUAGCUGAAGGUACUCAAAGCUUGAACAAUAACAAUGUCUUUAAUUCCGAAGCCCUCAAUGAGAAUAAAGCAGGAGGGGAAGCUGGCAAAUCGGGCAGGUCCUCACGUAUCCGUGCAAUCAAGAGUCUCCAUUCUAGGUUCAAAGCAAAUUACGAAGACGACGAUGACAAUUGGUAUUCAGAGUAUCUCAGCUGGAGUAAUGAAAAGACGCUGGCAGAUGAACACCUUGAGACUCUAUUGAGUCAAGAGAAGGCCAACAGCAUGCAGACAGAAGACUUUAGUAACCUUUACCAAGUCCAGUCUGCCAAAGGCAUUCCUGAAAACGAGUCCAUUGAGGAACGUGCUGCCAGGAUACUUGGCAUUGCCGUACCAGUUGAAAGCCUGGUUGUUGAUCAGGGCGAUGAAAAAGAGGCAGAAACCACUUCAGAAGUCACAGAUGGUUUAGCCUUUCCAAUACAAACCAAAGAGAUUAGCUCAAAUGAGGAGACAAAGAAUGUCAGUAGAGAGUCUGAGGAAGUGCCAUGUAGGUCUAUGGAAAGUCAUGAAGGUGGGACAGAACAGAACAGUUGUGAGGUAGAACUUGGAGUAGAUCCAGAGUCUAGAGAUGGUUUACUUAAUGCAGAGAAACACGGCCACAGAGUUCCCUCUGGAGUUCUGGAGUUGCCCGAGUUUCCUCCAAGUAACUUAUGUUUGUCGCUUCCACUGACAGAACAUGAGGAGUUGACCUUAAGUGUUGGUGGAGGAGACAUGAAAGUUUUUGAUGAGGUUACAGAAGCACCAUGGGACCAUUUGCAAGCAUUUACUAAUGAUCAAGCAUCCCUGGAGCACAGCAUCUAUGCAAAAGAAGAAAUCAUCAGUGAGUCAUCAGUGAGAACAGUCACCAGGAUCACCCUGGCCAAAGAGUCUGAGGAAGAACAAGGCUCUGAAGAUGAAGAAGAACUAACAGAAUCAGUUAAAGUGGACCAAACACUGAAGCAGAUGGACCAAUUUAUUGAGUGUGCAGCAGGAGAAAACAGGGACAUUACCAGUUAUAUGCAUGAGGAGGAUGAGGCUCAAGGGGAUGAGAAAGUGACAGCAAAUGACCUGAUACAAGACAGAUCAAGUGAGCCACCAAAGUCUAUGGCACGUCCAAUCCCACAGCCUCGUAGUGGAAAGGUUGCAAAAAGAGAGAUUACCCUGCCACAACCAUUCAACAUGGAUAAUGUGGUGUCUGCAAUAGAGGACGACGACAAACUAUGUAUCUCAGAUGCAUAUGACCCCAGUCGUGUGGAGCGAGUCUGAACUUGGACGCUGUCGAAGCAAACGUGUGACCUUUCUGGAAUAUCUGCUCUAAUGAAACAGAACUGGAUAUCUUCAGGCCUCUCGCUUCAUUAACAACAGUCACAGAAGUUCAUACGCAGGCAGAUGAGCUUCAUGAUACAUAUUAAGACUAAUUUCUACGUACUUCUUGAUGGCUGUAAUAGUUAACUAUCAUCGAAAGUCUAUAAUAAUGAGAUUUGAAUGUAUAAUGUAUUUCAAGCAAAGCUCAGACAUUACACGAAUAGUUACAAAUCAGUCUGUGUAGACCUUAAUCAUUUUCUCAAGAAACUUAAGUUUCUCUGCACCAGCAAAUGCUGGAGUUCUGUUGGACUGUCACAGAACACAGUGUCAUUAACGUGCCAUUAAGCAACAACAAGAAGAAAGACACAAAUCCUUGCACUUCUUAUUUCUGUAGUAUUACCAAUGAGAGGAAAGGGGGAGGCAUUGAUGUAUCAAAGCAAUGAAUUGAACUGACGAGGUAGCAGCUAAAUCAGUUACAUUACACUGUGCUUUAAAUCACAGAGCAAACUAUUUUUGUAAGAAAUGUUAAAAGGAAAGCGUGAAAUCUGGUUUACAGGUGGGAAAAACUGGCAGCUAAGAAGAAAGCUGAAACAAGUCCAGGAUAUUUUGUGUGAAAUCCUGCUCUCCAGCUUUAAUCUUAACUGUAUCAGACAGUAUUAAUUGUAAUUGCUUUAAAAUUGCUUAGACUGUGCACCCAUAUAGUUUUCAUAUCUCAUAUUAUGCAGUUUGAGCUUUUCAACGUAGCAAUCUGAUAAUGUAUAUUAUCACCACAAAAUGCAAUAAAAAAUAAAUAUGUAUUUAUUUUAUUAAGCUAUCGACUUGUACAGAUGAAAAUAUAUUCGAAAAGUAUUUUGUAUUUUAACUUGUGAAUUGGUUUGCUUGCUUACAAUCAUUACGGUUAUAUCAUACCUGAAUAUGUUUAUGAUUAUUAUCCUGUAGUACUCUUGCAAUGAAGGAUUUUUUUGUGAUGUGUGCUGUGCCUUUUGUUGCACAAAUAUCAGAAGGUAUUAUAUGUUGUUUUGAUGCAUUUUAUUACACAUGUGAGGUAAUCCGUAUCUGUGAGUCAAUCUCAGUUCUAAAAGUUACUAACGUGUAGUGGUUGUAAGAUAGUUUACCAUAUUAUUGCUUGGUUUUCUUAUGUUUUAUGACUCUUUACAUGCAAGAUUGAAGUGGGCCGUGGAUCCUUUGAAAAGUUGUUUAUAGCUGCAUUCCACGACGGGCAGAAAAUGAAGAAAACAAUUAUUAGCACAUCCAAAGACUGAAAAUAGUGAGCUCAGCCAAAAACUUCAGAAAGUCAUUGCUUACUUUAUUCUGGAAAUAAGUGCAAAUAUUGUAAUGUUACAGUAGUAUUCCUAUUGCUAUUUGUCACUGCUGGCAUUACAAUAACUGCAAGUUCAUGUAGAUAGAUAAAUUCAACAAGUUGUUUAAUAAUAUUGCACAAUAAACCGAUGAAACAUUGCAUUCUUCACAUUUUUUUUUGUAAGUUAUCAUUGCAGUGUUGUAAGUAUGAUUGUUUCUACCACUUUGUACAAUUUUCUUUUCAAAAUGAAUAAUUAUAUUGUUGCAUAAAACAUAUAUGGCAUUUAAUAUCUUUUUCUAUUUUCAUACAGAAACUGUACAUGAUUAUUUUGUAUGGGUUGGAGUUGAUUUGCCUUCUCUGCAUGAGAUAGGAGAUGUAAACUGGGGUCAGGAAAAUGUUUUGCAUACAGUUGCAUUUGGUACGACAUUAAAAUAUAUUCAUUAUACUACAUUGUGCACAUUUUUAUCCUGCUUUGAAAUUAUUUAAAAUUUAAAACAAGCUAUUUUGGGGGUAAACGAUGUGUUUACUUAGUAGUGUCUGAUUCACAGUAUUUGGUGAAUGUGAAUGAAGUGUUUGAGAGGAAAUUUCUUUGUGUAUUAUAGAAGGUUGCUCAUGAAUAAACUCCUUCCAUGGA